UCACAGCUAACUGUUUAUCAACACUGACGGCAUCAAUACAAUAUUACACAGCACUCCUGUUUUGACAGGGGGAAAAAGUAUCAAUAACAAAAACAAUUAUCAAUGAAAAAUCGACUACGCAUAUUAAGUGCAAUGAUUUGUCUGUAAUGGCAAAUAGCUCAAGCUCCGAUGAAAGCUCCAAAGCACCUGAAAAUUUUCAAUUAUCAAGCGCAUCCACAAAUGAUGACGACGACGAGAACGAUGUCGAUGUCUGCGACGGCGUUGCCUACACAAAGAAGCAUCCGAAAAGCGAUGUGCGCGUAAAGCCAACAGCUGGUGUAGCUUCCACAGGUCUGCGAUGUCCACUCUGCUGCAGACAACAGCGACGACUGCAUUGCAGAACUUGUGUUAAAAAUGGAAACAUUACUCAUAGUUCUGCCUUAGAAUCUGAAAGCUUAACGGAGAAGCAGCAGAAAUACAUUAACCUCCAGGCUGGUUUGAAGACAUAUAGCAAUCGGUACGAGCACCUUAUACAACAACACAAAUGCAAUGAGAAUCGAAUGAUUGCGAUCCGUGCGAAACGGGAGCAGCUGCAGCUGCUGCAACAGCUGAUCGGCAACACAACGCAACGGCUGCAGACGCUAAGUGAACAGAGAGAUGAACUUCGUCAGGCCAAUGCUGAGAAACGCAAGAACCUGCCCAAGUAUCCAACCAAGGUAAAGAUGCUGGAGGAUUAUGUGAUCGAUCGUUCGAUGCGAAUUGAUAAACUGCGCCAGCACCAUAUGAAUCUAUUGGAUAGCAUCAAACAAACGGCUCGUCGUGACAUUCAACAGCUUGUCACCUAUAUAUUUCCCAUCUCGGAGGUGGUAUUGAAGGACGAACAGCAGCGCAAGGUUUGUGCCGAGCGCAGCGAAGAUGCCGAAACAAUUGCAGCUCUGGCCGAUGCCAAGAACACCUCAUACAUACGCGGUAAAUGGGUGUUUCAUGGCAGUGGCAUCAGCGAGGUGCAAUAUCGCAUAGUGGGGCCCUCGCUGCCCGCCAACGGCGACUACUCUGCCUACCUGGACUAUCUGUCCGACAACAAAGAGGAUGUCCCCAAGACCACGGCCAAUGAGAUAACGCCCAGUCGCUUUGAGGCCUACCGAAUUAUGGGUGCACUCACCUACACGGUUCAGCUGACGCAGUUGCUCAGCUUCUAUCUGAACGUGCGGCUGCCACACAAGAUCGCCUACAGCGAUUUCUGUCGAAAGAUGCGCAACGAGGAGCAGUUCCUGCGCAAGGUCUGUCGUGUCAACAACAACAUCAUGUAUCUAGCCUAUUCUCAGAUGGUGAAGCUGCGCGCGCUCAACGAACAGCAUACGCUCGAAAAUAUUCUGGCCAUUCUGGAUCUUGAUCGCAGUGACUUAGGACGCUACGGUCAUUUAGAUGUGGCCAAUGCGCCGCUAAUGAAAUCUGUGGACUCGCUUCUCAUUGGCAUUGAGACGGCAACGGAAUCUGAAUCUGAAGACGAAAGUUCGUUACGCCUGGACUGGGAGGCGGUGCCGAGCGUAAGCGUAGCUCAGCCAGAACUGACUGAGUCCAAUCUGAUACCUGCGGUGGCACAGCAGUCCACCAUAGCCAUGGCAGCGAAUCGCCUCACCUCAAUGCUACGCUGGAUCAAGUAAACCAAUUACCUGUCUACGAGUGUGUCUGUUAUAUUUUUACAAAUUAGGUUAGAUUGCUCGAGCUAGAGGAAGGGCAUGCGGAA